AUGAAAUAUUAUUUAUUUUAAAUAAAUUUAACUCUUUUAUAUUNAAAUGGAAUAAAGGUGGGUUAAUGGAAAACCAAUUUUAGAGGUGAUUGCAAUAAACCAAGUUAAUAGAUGUAUAUUUUAUACAAUUUUUAUAAGAGGUUCUGGAUAUUAUGAUAUGGAUGGAUAAAAAUAUGGUGAUUGGACAGAAAUUAAUAAAUACUUCUAUAAGUAUGAAUAAUUUAUAAAUUUCUAAUUAGAGAUGCUUAAAUAAUUAGAAAGGGCUAAUAUAAAAACAAUUAAAAAAUUGGAAUUUGGAGCACUCAUUUUAGAGAUCUUGGAAAGGAUUCAUAUUAAAAGAUGUAAUGAUAUUUAAUAUAAUUAUUUUUAGUGGGGGUGGCUUAUAUGAUAUUUAAGGUUUUAAGACAGGAAUUUGGUUUGAUUAAAGUUAUGCAUUUAAUUUGUAAGAAACCUAUUGAUGAUAAAUUAUUAGUGGUUCUGAAUUAAGUGAAAAUGGUGUAUACUAAAAUGGUCAAAGACAUGGGAGAUGGAAGAUUACUUAUGAUAAAAAAAUGAUGUAAUAAAAUAAAAAAAUUAUUUUAGUGGAGGAGGAUAUUAUGACAAUCAAGGUUAAAAGAUUAGAAAAUGGAGAGAAAUAAUUGAUAAUUUCAAUUAGUAAUAAUAUUAAUUAGGUCUAUUCUAUUAGAUAAGCUUAAGUUAUUUUUAGUGGCUCUUAUAAGAAUGGAAUAAAAGUUGGCUUAUGGGAAUAGUAUUAUAAAUAAGAUUAUCGUUUUGAUUUCAUGUAAUAAUAUCGUUGUAACAAUUAUUUAGUGGAUGUGGAUUAUAUGACAACUAAGGACUUAAAAUUGGCAUUUGGAUAGAUCUAAUCCAAGAUUUUACUUUGUAUCUUUAUUUAUUUUAUUCUUUAAUUAUCAGUUGGAACUAAGUUAUUUAUAUUGGUCAGUACAUAUAAGAUACAAAAGUUGGAACUUGGAUCUAGAAGCAGAAAGACCCUUAAAAAUAUGAAAAAGAAUUUGUAUAAAUGUAAAAUUAUUAUACUAUUUAAAGAGGUGAAUAAAAUUAUUGA